AUGAGAGUUGAAGACGUUCAGAAGUCGAACAAGGAAGAUAUUCUCGGCAACGAGGAGAACAACUGGGCUGUAAUCACGUCAUUCUUUGAGCAGAAGGGACUCGUGCGACAGCAACUCGACUCGUUCAAUCAGUUUGUUGAAGUCAAAAUGCAGGAAAUUAUGGAUGAAAAUUCUGUGAUUUCUGUGAAGAGCACGCCCACUGCUGGAAACACAACCCAACGUGAAAUGCGCCUACAUUUUGGUCAAAUCAGCGUCGUGGCUCCACCUGUCUACACCGAGAGUGAUGGCUCCACCAAAGACAUCUACCCGAAUGAGGCGCGUCUUCGUGACCUGACGUACGCCGCCAAUGUCUACAUCGACAUCAGCAAAAGCUACCACGUUGAUGGACGAGACAUCGAGCAUUCGAAAGCCAUCCGUGUCCCACUGGGCCAACUUCCAAUCAUGGUCAAAUCAAAAUAUUGCGCCCUAAGUGAUCUGAAUGAGAAGAGCACGAUCAACCUUGGAGAGUGUCCCUACGACCAAGGCGGUUACUUCAUCAUCACAGGCGGUGAGAAAGUGAUUGUGGCCCAGGAGCGAAUGGCAUCCAACACGGUCCACGUCUUCAAAAAGAGUCAGCCUGCGCCCUACACGCACUACGCUGAAAUCCGUUCUGUCCCUGAAAAGGGCUCUCGUCUUCCGUCUCCAUUUUCAAUCAAAACUCUCAAGAAUCCUCGCGUAAUCAGGGCUUCCCUGAAUGGCGUCAAACAGGACAUUCCUGUUUUCGUGAUCUUCAGGGCCCUUGGAUUCAACUCCGACAAAGAAAUCAUCCAACACGUCCAGCACGAAGAGGACGAAUUGAACGAAUUCGUGUUAAAUUCGCUCGAGGAAGCAAGCACCCUCGCAAACCAGGAGAGUGCCCUCGAUUUCAUCGGCCGUAGAUCUGCGCCUGUUGGAUCGGUGCGAUCAAAACGAGUUGAAUUCGCCCGUGGCCUCCUCGCCCGUGAAUUCUUCCCCCACGUCGAAACCCACGAAUUCUGCGAGACGAAGAAGGCGCACUUUCUGGGCUACGUGAUCAACAAAACACUCGCAGUGGCCCUGAAAAAGAGGGAGGUCGACGACAGAGACCACUACGGGAAAAAGAGGAUGGACCUGUCUGGGCCACUGCUUGCUGGGCUGUUCAAGGUGCUUUUCAGGAAACUGACGAAUGAGACGGCAAAACACCUUCAAAAGUGCGUAGAAGGCGGACGUGAAUUCAACCUGGCCGUGGGGCUGAAAAGCAGCAUCAUCACAAACGGAUUCAAAUACGCCCUGGCGACUGGAAACUGGGGAGAGCAGGCCAGGGCAAUGGCAACCAGGGCCGGCGUGGCCCAGGUUCUGAACCGCUACAACUUCCUGAGCACCCUCAGCCACCUUCGUCGCGUAAACACGCCCAUUGAAAAAGAGGGGAAGCUGUCGGCCCCACGACAGCUCCACAACACGCACUGGGGAAUGGUCUGCCCGACCGAGACGCCCGAGGGCCAGGCCUGUGGCCUGGUGAAGAAUCUGUCGCUGAUGUCGUACAUUUCAGUUGGUCGAUCAUCGGAGCAGCUUGUGGAGAUUCUGGAGGAGCAGGGCGUGGAGCGACUUGAGGAGGUUGCAGACGCAGUUGGAACACGGGUGCUGGUGAAUGGAGCAUGGAUUGGCGUGACCAGGAAUCCAACCAAAAUUGUCAGUGAAAUCAGGGGGCUAAGGAGACGCGGUGACAUCGACCCAGAGAUCUCGAUCGUCUUCAACAUCAAAGAGGACGAGAUCGUCUUCAACUCGGACGCAGGGCGACCGUGUAGGCCGCUCUUCAUCGUCGAGGGAAACGAGCUGCUUGUGACCAGGGAGGACGUCCUCGACCUGCAAAACAUCCGUAGAAAGUGGGACGACCUGAUUCGAACUGGGAAGGUGGAGCUGCUGGACGUGGCCGAGGAGGAGACGUCGCUGAUUGCGAUGGAUCUGCACGAUCUCAGGCAGUCGCCUGAAUCAGUGGCGUACACGCAUUGUGAAAUCCACCCAGCAAUGAUUCUCGGAAUCACUGCGUCUGUGAUUCCAUUUCCAACCCACAAUCCGUCACCAAGAAACACGUAUCAAUCGGCCAUGGGAAAACAGGCAAUGGGAAUCUACGCAACAAACUUCUUCAAUCGCAUGGACACGCUCUCAAACAUCCUCUUCUACCCCCAGAAGCCACUCGUCUCCACCAGAUCAAUGGAAUAUCUCAAAUUCAAGGAGCUACCAGCUGGUCAAAACUGCAUUGUUGCAAUUGCAUGCUACUCUGGCUACAACCAGGAGGACUCAAUCAUCAUGAACCAGUCUGCAAUUGAUCGUGGCCUAUUUAGGUCAUUUCUGUACAGGACGUAUGCGGAUCAGGAGAAGAUGAAAUACGCCGGGGUGAAUGAGACAAUUUUGAAGCCAGAUCCAGAGACCGUGUUCAGGCCAAGGCGGGAGAGCUACGACGCCCUUGGCCCAGACGGAAUCGUGUUUCCUGGGACACAGGUGACUGGGGAUGAUCCAAUCAUUGGGAAGGUGACUCCUGUUCUGGAUGCAGAGAAGUCUGUUCCAGGAAGCCCAUUCUACCAGUUCAAGGACACCAGUACGCUCAUUCGUAAGGCUGAAAAGGGAGCAGUUGAUAAGGUCAUUUUAUCAACAAAAGAAGGGUACAAAUUCACGAAGAUCAAGGUGAGAAGUGUCCGAAUACCGCAGAUGGGAGACAAGUUCGCAAGUAGACACGCCCAGAAGGGGGUGGUUGGAAUCACCCUACGACAGGAGAACAUGCCAUUUACGGCAGAUGGGCUGAUUCCUGACAUCAUCAUCAACCCGCAUGCAAUUCCAAGCAGAAUGACAAUUGGUCACCUGCUCGAGUGUCUGUUGGGGAAGGUCUCUGCUCUAAGCGGAGUUGAAGGAGACGCAACCCCAUUCAAGGGCGCAUCUGGCGAUGAUUCACGUAAAAACAGCCUUGAUGAAAUCAAUGGGAUUUCUGAGGCACUGGGGAAGUUUGGCUACCAGAAACGUGGAUUUGAGGUGAUGCAUUGUGGUGCAACUGGCUACAAGCUACGAAGCCAGAUAUUCAUUGGCCCAACCUACUACCAGAGACUGAAGCACAUGGUGGAAGACAAGAUCCACGCCAGGGCACGUGGGCCACUGCAGGUGAUGACAAGGCAGCCAGUCGAAGGCAGAUCGCGAGACGGUGGUCUGCGAUUUGGGGAGAUGGAAAGAGACUGCAUCAUCUCCCACGGUGCAUCUGCCUUUCUGAAGGAGCGUCUCAUGGACGUGUCUGAUUCGUAUCAGUGCUCUGUUUGUGACGAAUGCGGCCUGAUGUGCAAUGACGCAUGCACUGGCUGUGAAAACAGCACAAUCAGCAGAAUUGAAAUACCCUACGCCUUCAAGCUGCUGCUACAGGAAUUGCAGGGGAUGAAUAUCGUAACAAGAAUCAAGACGGAGGAGUGA